ACGCUGCGGGCCGCGCCGCGCACCCGCCGCGAUGCUGCCGCCGCCGCGCCCGUUCCUCCUGCGUUGCUCCCGCCUGGCCCGAGCCUGGACCGGGGUUGGGCUGCGGUGGAAGCAUGCCUCCCCGCUGAAGGUGGCCAAUGAGCCCAUCUUGGCCUUCACUUCCGGCAGCCCUGAGCGAGACGCACUGCAGAAGGCCUUGAAGGACCUGAAGGGCCAUACAGAAGCCAUCCCGUGUGUGGUAGGGGACGAGGAGGUGUGGACAUCGGACAUCCGGUACCAGGUGUCGCCCUUUAACCACAGACACAAGGUAGCCAAGUUCUGCUAUGCAGACAAGGCCUUGCUCAACAAAGCCAUCCAGGCUGCCUUGGCUGCCAGGAAAGAGUGGGACCUGAAGCCCCUCGCAGACCGGGCCCAGAUCUUCCUGAAGGCAGCCGAUCUCCUGAGCGGGCCCCGCAGGGCUGAGGUCCUGGCCAAGACCAUGUUGGGGCAGGCUAAGACAGUGAUCCAGGCUGAGAUAGACGCCGCCGCUGAGCUCAUCGACUUCUUCCGAUUCAAUGCCAAGUUCGCCAUGGAGCUGGAGGGGGAGCAGCCCAUCAGCACACCGCCCAGCACCAACAGCAUGGUGUACCGGGGGCUGGAGGGAUUCGUGGCCGCCAUCUCACCCUUCAACUUCACCGCCAUCGGUGGCAACCUGGCGGGGGCGCCGGCCUUGAUGGGCAACGUGGUCCUGUGGAAACCCAGCGACACCGCCAUGCUGGCCAAUUACGCCGUCUACCGCGUGCUCCGCGAGGCCGGCCUGCCCCCAAACAUCAUCCAGUUUGUGCCAGCGGAUGGCCCCGUGUUCGGGGACACUGUGACCAGCUCGGAGCACCUCUGUGGCAUCAACUUCACAGGCAGUGUGCCGACCUUCAAACACCUGUGGAAGCAGGUUGCCCAGAACCUGGACAGGUUCCACACCUUCCCACGCCUGGCCGGAGAGUGUGGCGGGAAGAACUUCCACCUGGUGCACCGCUCCGCGGAUGUGGACAGCGUGGUGAGCGCGACGCUGCGCUCGGCCUUCGAGUAUGGUGGCCAGAAGUGCUCGGCCUGCUCCCGCCUCUACGCGCCCGCCUCCCUGUGGCCGCAGAUCAAAGGGCGGCUGCUGGAGGAGCUCCGCGGGAUCAAAGUGGGCGAUCCAGCAGAGGACUUCGGGACCUUCUUCUCUGCAGUGAUUGACGCCAAGUCCUUUGCCCGCAUCAAGAAGUGGCUGGAGCACGCCCGCUCCUCGCCCAACCUCACCAUCCUGGCGGGGGGCGCGUGCAACGACUCCGUGGGCUACUUUGUGGAGCCCUGCAUCGUGGAGAGCAAGGACCCGCAGGACCCCAUCAUGAAGGAGGAGAUCUUCGGGCCUGUGCUGACCGUGUACGUCUACCCUGAUGACAAAUUCAGGGAGACCCUGCAGCUGGUCGACAGCACCACCAGCUAUGGCCUCACGGGGGCAGUGUUUGCUCAGGAUAAGGAUGUCGUCCAGGAGGCCAGAACCGUGCUGAGGAACGCUGCCGGAAACUUCUAUGUCAACGACAAGUCCACUGGCGCAGUAGUGGGCCAGCAGCCCUUUGGGGGGUCCCGGGCCUCUGGAACCAAUGACAAGCCAGGGGGCCCCCACUACCUCCUGCGCUGGACAUCACCCCAGGUCAUCAAGGAGACCCACGAGCCCCUGGGGGGCUGGCGCUACUCAUACAUGCAGUGAGCCUUGCCAGGCACGUCCACCACCUGCUGCUGUCCGUCCAGACCGACGGCCUCACCACACGGAAACCCUCCCCCCCAUUCUUGCUCGUCACACGCACUUGCUCGUCACCCCCCUUGUGGAGUGUUACACAUCCUGACACCAGCUCCCGUUCAGGCUGGGUGUGAGGCCACGCUGGGCGGAACGGGGCCACUCAUUCUCCCCUUCCGCUACCUUGUGCCCGGCCCUUCCCCACCUGUCUCCUUCCAUCGCCCACACUGGGCCCAGUGGUUCCGGGACCUGGGAGUGGGGAGGGACCGUCCUCAGGACCCUGCCGGCAGCCCACAGAGGCCCCUCUGGGUGUCCCCAGUGAGGUGUGACCCAGUGCUGCAGGACACAGGUGGCGCCAGCCGGCCUGCCCACCCGCCGCUGGGCAGAGCCCUCCCAGCCAGGGGUGCCCUGCCAGCCAUAUGCCUUAGACCCACGUGCCUUCCCACAGGGGGCCUGCCCUCCUCCGGAGCCCUGCCAUGCCCCACCGCCUGCCAGGGGUGGCACUGGGCUGUCCUUCCAUGCCGCCUGAGACUCUGGAAAGCUCUGGGGGACGCCAUCCUGUUAGAAUUGCCUCUUAGCUCUUCGGGCCCCGCCUCCCAGAGCCCAUCUCAGGACUUCAGCCUGGGCUUCCCCUCUGUUCUAGACUGACGCAUGGCCAAUGCAGUCCUCCCUGCCCAGCACCGACCAGUCCUUCAGCGGUUUUUUUCUUUGGAUAUGGCUGGUCCGGUGGUGCCCAGGGACAAGCUCCUCCCGCCUGGCUUCUGGAUGGUCAGGGGUCUCCACGGCGUGACCUUUGAGGGUGGUUUUUAGGAGACUGAGAAUUCUGGGCUCCCCUCAAGGACAAAUGCAUGGGGCCUCCGCAGAGCUGUUGUGCCUUCCUCCCAUGUCCCCACUUCUCACCAUAGCGCAUAGUUGGGCAGGGCCAGUGUUGCCUGGGCCUGCACAGGCUGGGCUUCCUUCUGACCUGGGGGGCUGGGGUGCAGGCUAGAGGUGCCGGUACUACUGACUGUACACUGUGAGGCGGCAGUGGGGGACGCCCAGUGCCACCCAAUAAAAUGUCUAUCACUUGA